GUUUUUGAAAAAGGCCGUCCCGUUUCUCGAUACACUCCUCAACAGGCAGUAAGCCGAUUCUUCAUUGUGCAGUGUCGAAGUCAAUUCUUACUGCCAGGGCCCUCCUCUGCCCUUCAAUUCAGCUCUCUUCAGCAUGGCGACACUCCUUUGCAAUAGUGUCAUCAAAGCCUUCGAUCUCGACACGAGGUGGAUGUCUCGUCUCGUCUGUCCGCUCAUCGAUGUGCAUCUGCAUGUCAUGAGCAGCAGGGCGGGGUGGGCGAAUGGCACACCGUACACAUCGCCUUGGUGAUCGCUUGCGUCGGUCAUGGAUAUCUCCGUCGGGCAAGUUGUUGCUGCGCAUUCUUGGCGAAGAGCGACGGGUGAGCGCUACACUCUUACAGACAGCACGAUUACAUCGCAUGAGAGCCAAUCCAUCCAUCAAUCAUGCUCUUUGCCUUUUCUUUGGGCCUCGUGUGGGGAUGACUUGCCAACAGACGGGCGCCGCACACUCCAGGUCAUGACAACUGUCUGCUUCAGUUGUUUGCCAACGUCACGCCACUCACGGCCGAAACCUUCCGCGCCUUGUGCACAGGAGAGAGAGGAAAUGGCCAGUCGGAGAGACCACUGAAUUACCGGUAAAAGGGCAACAGGGCCAACCAAAGUUGUCUCCCAACUGACGUUUGCUUCGGUUAUAGGGGAUGCGUUUUCUGUAUUAAUGGAGACGUCUUUGCAAGUACACAACGAGGAACGGUCUGAAUGUGAAAGGAUAUCUUUGUUGUCAGGCGGCGACAUCGUCUACAAUACGAUGGCAGCCGAUAACGGCGACUCCAUCUAUGGCCAAUUCUUCCCCGACGAGAAUUUUCGUAUCCGACACGACAGGAGGUAUUUACUCUCAAUGUCGAACACAGGUAUGAAAAAGCGACAUACAAACCUCAUCGGAAGUAUGUGGCUGUGACACGCAGGGCCAAACAGGAACAACAGCCAAUUCUUCAUCACAAACAGACCAUACCCGUAUCUCGAAGACGGCACGUGCGUAGUAUUCGGCAGGGUAGAGUUUGGAUAUGCACCUGCGCAUAUCCAAACUCUACCCUGCCUCCCCCAAAGUCCAUCGCCGGAGAAACCGCACCCGUCCGCCUCUCCCUCGACCGCGGCCGAGCAGGUUCCUCCCUCCCUUCAUUCUGCUCCGAGUGGGGCGUUCGUGCACCCGCAUGGAAGCCAAGGAGGUCGGCUGCAGCGCUGUCGUCGCUUGUAUGACCUUCAUGCCUCGUCGCUUCUCCUGACGUUGCUGCUCGUCAUCGCAACGAGGGCGUCCACGCCGGGCCCGGUCAACGAGGCAGACAACACCAACGGGCGAGAAGCAUUGCAGAUUGAUCGUCUCCAUGCUCUUGCGGCAUGGCCAAGAACGGAAGUAAAGGAAAGGAGUGAGGUCGUGUGCAUCCGCAUUUGCCGCUGGUCAGACGCAAGCUGUGAGCAAGGCGCUACAGGCUGAGGCCGGGUUGAUCUCCGUGCUCAUCGAGGCCGUCAAGUAUGACUUCUUCUUCGUUGUGGACCGGAUAACAAGUAGGAAGAUCCCAGUCUUGCAGAGAUGCACAAGAUGCUUCUUGUGUUCCCUGGUCCAGUGCGCCAUUUCGAGCCGCUUCUGUACAAGCUGACGGGACCAGUCUCGAAGGUCUUGCAAGACAUCGACGAGGCCCACGGCUGCCUGUCGCCGCGAAAGACCCUACUCCGUCCCGUAUUCAGGAAACGACCGCCCUUACCCGAGAGCAGCAGGUACGGAACACAUCAGACAAGAAUCCAUCCACAGAUUAUCUCUAUGUCUGUCGGUGUCUCUGUUUGUCUGUCCUUGUGUCUGUCCUUCAGCAAGAAACCCGGGAUCAGCGGCAUGAAGUAUGAUCGCUCGAUGGAAGAUGGGCAUUGGGCAUUGCUGCCUCCAUUUUAAAUUUGCCGGCGCUUGUCGUCCAUCACUCG